AUGGUGUAUCAAGAUGGACUGGCUGAGCCAAUUUAUCAAGAUGGACUUUGUGAUCCACUUUAUGAAAACAGACUGGGUGAUCUAGUUUAUGAAAACAGCCUGGAUGAUCCAGUUUAUGAAAAUGGACUGGGUGAUCCAGUUUAUCAAUACGGACUGGCUGAUCCAGUUUAUCAAUACAGACUGGCUGAUCCAGUUUAUGAAAACAGCCUGGAUGAUCCAGUUUAUCAAGAUGGACUGGGUGAUCCAGUUUAUGGAAACAGCCUGGAUGAUCCGGUUCAUCAAGAUGGACUGGGUGAUCCGGUUUAUCACGAUGGAUUGAGUGAUCCAGUUUAUGAAAAAGCCUGGAUGAUCUGGUUUAUCAAGAUGGACUGUGAUCCAGUUUAUGAAAACAGCCUGGAUGAUCUGGUUUAUCAAGAUGGACUUGGUGAUCCAGUUUAUGAAAACAGCCUGGAUGAUCCGGUUUAUCAAGAUGGACUUUGUGAUCCAGUUUAUGAAGACAGCCUGGAUGAUCCGGUUUAUCAAGAUGGACUUGGUGAUCCAGUUUAUGAAAACAGCCUGGAUGAUCCGCCUGGAUGA